AUGCCACAGUAUAUAAUGGUCGCUGUAGCGGCCGUGGUCGCAGUGGCAGGUUCGUCCCAGGUUUCGCGGCGAUCCACUGGUGGCACUCAGGAACAGGAGAUUCUCAACGAACUGCUGUCCAACUACGAUAUGCGUGUUCGACCGCCACCUUCCAACUAUUCAGAUCCAAUGGGACCAGUGACAGUUCGGGUCAACAUCAUGAUCAGGAUGUUAUCAAAAAUUGACGUCGUCAACAUGGAGUACAGUAUGCAACUAACAUUUCGGGAGCAAUGGCUUGACUCGCGUCUGGCGUACGCUCACCUCGGCUACCAUAACCCUCCGAAAUUCCUCACAGUACCACACAUCAAAAGCAACCUCUGGAUUCCGGAUACCUUUUUCCCGACUGAAAAAGCAGCACACCGGCAUCUCAUCGACACGGACAACAUGUUCCUACGAAUUUAUCCAGAUGGAAAGGUGCUGUACAGUAGCCGAAUUAGCAUCACCAGCUCCUGUCACAUGCAACUACAACUCUAUCCCUUGGAUUUGCAAUUCUGUGACUUUGAUCUCGUCAGCUAUGCCCAUACGAUGAAGGACAUUGUCUACGAAUGGGAUCCCCUGGCUCCUGUGCAGCUCAAACCCGGUGUAGGAAGUGACUUGCCUAACUUCCAGCUCACGAAUAUCACCACCAAUGACGACUGUACUAGCCAUACCAAUACUGGGUCGUACGCCUGUCUGAGGAUGCAGCUCACCCUAAAAAGACAGUUCAGUUACUACCUGGUCCAGUUGUACGGUCCCACAACGAUGAUAGUGAUCGUUUCAUGGGUUUCGUUUUGGAUCGAUAUGCAUUCAACGGCCGGCCGAGUGGCUUUGGGUGUCACCACCCUGUUGACCAUGACCACCAUGCAAGCAGCCAUCAAUGCUAAACUGCCCCCAGUGAGCUACGUGAAGGUGGUAGAUGUGUGGCUUGGAGCCUGUCAAACAUUCGUCUUUGGAGCGUUGCUUGAGUACGCGUUCGUCUCUUAUCAAGACAGCCAACGACAAACAGAGCAGGCCAAAAGCAGAGCUGCUCGAAAAGCUCAAAAGCGACGAGCCAAAAUGGAACUCGUCGAAAGAGAACAAUACCAACCUCCUUGCACUUGUCAUCUGUAUCAAGACUAUGAACCGUCGUUCCGUGACCGGUUGCGGCGCUAUUUCACGAAACCCGACUACCUGCCUGCGAAAAUCGACUAUUAUGCUCGAUUUUGUGUGCCAUUAGGUUUUUUAGCCUUCAAUGCCAUCUACUGGACAUCCUGCCUCGUGAUGGUGUCAAGACUAGUCUAA